GCGCUACUGGGCGAGUAGUCGGCGGAGUGGCGGCGGGAGGGCAGUUUAUAGGGUGCGCUGGGACGGUGGUCACUGCCACUUCUCCGCCCGGGCGCUGAAAGGAGCGUGUUGGGGAGAGGCGACGAGAGUGCUACGAGUUAAUAUGAAGCUCCCCUCGUCUUCACUGCUACUGUUGCUGCUCACAGCACUACCACCUUCCUCCACCGGCCAGUCCGCCCCACGGGUGGUGUGCUUCUACGAGAACUGGGCACGGUACCGUCCGCCGCUGGGCCGCUUCCUUCCCACCAACAUCCCGCCGCACCUGUGCACCCAUAUCCACUAUGUGGGAGCCGGGGUGCACGCCGAGACACUUCGGGUCGGACCGCUGGACGUGUUCGCUGAUAUUGUCACCGGCGGCUACCGGAGCACAGUGGAACUCCGCGAGCACAACCCCGAUCUGAAGGUGCUCACGAUGAUCGGAGGCAGCGGACAGCAGCAGGAUUCGCUCCGAGCCGCCGCCGCCACGGCUGAGAGCCGCAAACAGCUCGCAGAGGCGGCGGUGGAAUUCCUCCGUGAACACGAUUUCGACGGUCUGGAUGUGGACUGGAAGCCGCCGCACGCGCCCGAGGACCACGCCGGUCUGUUGGAGGCACUGCGAGCGGCGUUUGACCGCGAUACGACCUCCACGGGACGCCGGCGGCUGCUGCUGGCCGUCGAGCUGACUCCACAUCCAGACGAGCUGCGGGAGCACUUUGACAUGGAGCGAGUGACGGCUGCGGUGGACUACGCCAACGUUCUGGGUUACCGAUACCAGGUGACUGAGCGGAGCGUCACCUCUCAUCACGCGCCGCUGCGGACCCCACCCGGAGCGCCGGCCGACGCCGCCGGACGAGAUAUCCUGACCACCCUCGAGACGCUCAAACAGAUGGGUGCAGACAUGGCCAAACUGAACCUCGCCGUGCCAACGUUCGGGAUGAGUUUCACCCUGGAGGAUCCCCGGCUCGCCGGUCUGUACGCUAGCUCGUCCGGACCCGGUGCUGCCGGGCCCAUCACUCGUGCCAAAGGAUCUCUGGCUACGUACGAGAUCUGCGACAAGACGGGUCGGAGGGGCUGGACGGCGGCGCGGCCGUUCCCUCAGGAUGUGGGACCGUACGCCGCCGGUGAGGAUCAGAUUGUUGCCUUCGACGACGAGACGUCGCUUAUGAUGAAGGCUCGCAUGGCUCGGGAGGCGGGUCUGGGCGGAGUCGCCGUCUGGACGGUCUCUCUGGACGACUUCCGCGGGUUCUGUACCGGAGAGCCGUUCCCCAUGAUCCGCGCUCUCAAGGCUGGGAUGUUGGGUAUCGACGAGUCCGGUCUGCCGACAACACCAGUGCCGCCUACCACUCCCGCCUACGACGCCAGCGAUAUCUUUGUGUGUCCGUCGGAUGGGAAGCACGCGGCGUCCGACUGUGAGCACUUCUACCUCUGCAGCGGCGGGCAGCCGGAACUGUUCAGCUGCAAGGAGGGCGAAACUUACGACGAGGAGCUGCGGGCGUGCCGUCCCGGCGGCCGCUGCACGCCCCAGCCGGCCGCGCGGGUGGCAGGGUUCGGCCCGACCCCCACCCCCACCCAGUCCCCCGCCCCCUCCGCGGGGGGCAGAAGACGCCGGCCGCUGACACCGCGGCGGCGGGGCCCCUCAGCCGGCCCGAUCAGCUUCUAUACAUUCGGGUAGUGUUCAUCGGGAUCGUAGUUAGUCGUGAGGCUGCUUUUAAAAACUCUAUUACACGUAUCAGCCAUAGUUACAUUAACGCGUAAUCAGUCAGUGUGCAAUGUGCAUAUGUUGAAACAAUAACACGGUUUUUGCCAAUCUUGCAAUGUCUGUACUCUGUACUCAGCACUGUACAUAGAUAUGCGUUAUGCAAUACAUCACCGUGAAGAGA